ACAACAAGACAGCUCAGCUGAGUUCUGUCUUUGUCGUGGAUACCUCCAGUAACUUCUUAAAAUUUGGAGUUCAAGUUGAUUGUCAUCCGGAGCCUUGUGGUUUAGGGGACUCAGCAGGCGGAUAAAUGUCUGGAGCAUCAGAACUCCCUAAAAAAGAAGAAGAGGAGGAGGUCACGCCCGAACCAGAGGAGCAAUCCGACGACAGCAGUGAGGACGAGGCUGCAGGAAACACAGAGAUGGAUUUCCUGCGCAACCUCUUCUCCAGCACUUUGGGCCUCGGCUCGGCGGAGAAAGUUCUGGAUGAGCUGACUCUGGAUGGAGUGGCGCGAUACAUAAACAGCGGCAAAUGUAAAAACAUCAUCUGCAUGGUUGGAGCAGGAAUAUCCACAUCUGCUGGCAUCCCAGAUUUCCGCUCACCUGGAACUGGCCUGUAUGCAAACCUGCAAAAAUACAACCUGCCUUACCCAGAGGCCAUCUUCCAGAUAGAUUACUUUAAGAAACAUCCGGAGCCGUUCUUCGCCCUGGCUAAAGAGCUUUACCCCGGACAGUUUAAGCCGACAAUCUGUCACUACUUUAUAAAGAUGCUGAAGGACAAGGGGGUCCUGAGACGCUGCUACACACAGAACAUCGACACCCUGGAGCGAGUAGCCGGACUUGAAGGAGACGAUCUGAUCGAAGCCCACGGAACGUUUUAUACCUCCCACUGUGUCAGCUUUUGUUGCCGCAAGGAGUACAACCUGGACUGGAUGAAAGAAAAAAUCUUUUCUGAUGACAUUCCCAAAUGUGACAAGUGCAGCAGUUUGGUCAAACCAGAUAUUGUCUUCUUUGGAGAGAAUCUGCCAGUCCGAUUCUUCACUUCAAUGAAGAUGGAUUUUCCUCGAUGUGAUCUUCUCAUCAUCAUGGGAACAUCUCUACAGGUCCAACCCUUUGCAAGCCUCGUCGGCAGGGUUUCCAAAGGUUGCCCCAGGCUGCUCAUUAACAUGGAGAAAACUGGGCAGGCUGAUCCUCUGCUUGGGAUGCUUGGUUUUGGAGGAGGGAUGGACUUCGACUCAGACAAGGCAUACAGAGACGUAGCUCACAUCAGCACGUGUGACGACGGCUGUUUGGCUCUAGCUGACCUGUUGGGAUGGAAGGCGGAGCUGGAAGCGUUGGUGAAGCAGGAGCACGCCAGGAUCGACAGUCAGGACAAGAAAGAGAAGCAGAGUGAAAGUAAAGGAGCUGCAGCCAACGCGAGCUCGGCAGCACCGGAGCCUAAACCAGAGGAGUAACUGAUAAAUGAACGCUCCCUUCUUAAUUUAAGCUGUAGUGAUGCCACAGUGUGGAGUUGGCCCUUGAAAGGAAACUAUGAUACUAGUGUUCCUGUUUGGAAGUGAAGCUUUGACGAGUCGCGCUCUAACUUUUCAUCUGCAGACUUUUAAUUCUUGUGAGAGAAACUCACAGACGCCUGAUAUUCCUGCUUCACUCCUCUGUCUAUAUCAGUCAUUUGCACUUUACCGGCAUUACUGUAUCUUCCUUUUUUUUUGCAUUAGCUCCCAUCUGUCCCACCUGUGUAUCUCUUUCUCUGUGCAUGGGCAGAUUUGACUGCAGAGCAACGCAUUGAUCAUGUACUUCAGCAACACACAGUUCUAUUUGUGUGGAAGGUGGUUAAUAUUGAAGAAACGAACCGCGCUUUGGUCACGACUUUGCUGCAGCUGAAAUGACGUCAACUGAGCGUAUGGGCUGAGGCGCCGCAGCUCCCUUCAUUUCUCUGAGUGUAUGCAUUAAAUUAAGACUUCCUCAAAAGACAACCGGACUGUUGGUUUGUCACCUUGUUCCUCAAGCAAAAACCCGAUUGGCCUGAUAAAAGUCUCACGCUUUGUCUACCAGAAAAUGCUCAUUUGUAAAUAUAACAGCAGCAGCAUAAUUACAUGGAACUCUUAAAAUGUCUUGAUUUUUAACUAACUGUGUGUUUCAUGUUCUGCUCCUGUCAGACUUUUUGUAAUUUCUUUUAACAAAAUGCUGUUAAACGCUAAUGAAACAAAUCAUGUUACAGCAAAAUGUAUGUGAUGCGCAACUUUGCUUUUUUUUUUUUUUUUGGUCCUUCACUGAUUUUGCCUCAUGAAUCUUUGGAGAUUGAUGAAGUUCUGCAGAAACGUGGGCUGCAUCGCUAGACUAAAGGUGCAAUUUAAUAUAGGAAUAUACACUUUCAUGGUGUAGCUGGAAGAGCAUGAAUCGUUGGAUUAAAAAAAAUUCUCUGGCGGAAACGAUAACAUUAACAUCUGUGCAAUGUUAUGGAAGCCAAUACAAAACCCUGCAAUAAAUUUUACGUUUGUAAAGCUGA